AGCGGAGGAAGAGGGGUCCUGGCGCUCGGCCCCUUCCUUGGCUUGCCCCGCCGAGCCGCCUCCGCGGGCGUCUGAGCCGCUGUCAGAGCGAGAGGACCGGUCGCGACCGCCGCGCCCCAGCCAGCUCCCCGCACGCCUCCGCGCACAGACGCCCGCUCCCUCCUCGGCGCCCCCCCACGGCGGGGGUGGGGCAGAGGCGCGGCGAGCCCGAGAGGGGCGGGGAGAGGAGCAGCCUGGCGGGGUGGGCAGCCGAGGAGCAGGAAAAGAAAACUUUUCCCUCCCGCCCCCCGCGCGAGGUCCCCAGCCCUCGCCUCCCCCCGCAGGUGGGAACUGCACCUGAGGCCGGGCGGGAGGUCAGGGCCGGACUUUGGAGGGCUGCGGGCAGGGCUGAAGGGGGUGCGUGCAUUUGGGCUCAGUUUUCCUUUGGCCUCCGGGUUGUCAGUGGCCGUAGUGGGAGGGUGGCCGCCGGCGCCCCUGCCCGUUUCCCACCCGCGGGUGGCCGGACGCGGUGCCGCCUCCUCCCGCUCUUGAGGGUGUGACCCGGGGAGGGGGGCGCAGGCUCCCCCUGCGACCGCCCCCUCACACACGCGCUCGGCCGCCCGAGCUGUCACCGGCCACCCAGGGCCCGGGGAGGGGGCGCGGAGAGUGGCGCUGCGGAGCGGCGGGCGCGGGAUCCUCCUGCCGGACUUCCCGGCUCCCAGGGACGCCGCUGUCAACGCCGGGCGGACGCGCAGCCCGGGGAGAGGGGCCCGCCAGAGGCCCGGCCGCCGCCGCUGGGGGCGGGCGGGUGCCCGCGUCCCCCUCUGCACGAUUUGGCGCCGCUGCCUCGCCGCCUCUUGUAGGGUAACAGCACUAUUGCUCUACCCACCGUCAGCAGGGCGACUGCCGGGAUUAUCAUCCUCUCCAUCCUCAUUGCCGAUCAGCCAACAUUGGACUUGCUGGUGGCGGUGGCGGCAGCAGCGGCGGCGGGAGUCUAGCUGUUCCCCUUCCCCCGCCCCAGCCUCCCCACCAUGUCCUAGAAAAGCGAUGGAGACCAAAGGCUACCACAGUCUCCCUGAAGGUCUAGAUAUGGAAAGACGGUGGGGUCAAGUUUCUCAAGCUGUGGAGCAUUCUUCCCUGGGACCUACAGAGAGGACCGAUGAGAAUAACUACAUGGACAUUGUCAACGUAAGCUGUGUUUCCGGUGCUAUUCCAAACAACAGUACUCAAGGAAGCAGCAAAGAAAAACACGAACUACUCCCUUGCCUUCAGCAAGACAAUAAUCGGCCUGGGAUUUUAACAUCUGAUAUUAAAACUGAGCUGGAAUCUAAGGAACUUUCAGCAACUGUAGCUGAGUCCAUGGGUUUGUAUAUGGAUUCUGUAAGAGAUGCUGACUACUCCUAUGAGCAGCAGAACCAACAAGGAAGCAUGAGUCCAGCUAAGAUUUAUCAGAAUGUUGAACAGCUGGUGAAAUUUUACAAAGGAAAUGGCCAUCGUCCUUCCACCCUAAGUUGUGUGAACAGGCCCUUGAGAUCAUUUAUGUCUGACUCUGGGAGCUCCGUGAAUGGUGGCGUCAUGCGCGCCAUUGUUAAAAGCCCUAUCAUGUGUCAUGAGAAAAGCCCAUCUGUUUGCAGCCCUCUGAACAUGACAUCUUCGGUUUGCAGCCCUGCUGGAAUCAACUCUGUGUCCUCCACCACAGCCAGCUUUGGCAAUUUUCCAGUGCAUAGCCCAAUCACCCAGGGAACUCCUCUGACAUGCUCCCCUAAUGUUGAAAAUCGAGGCUCCAGGUCGCACAGCCCUGCACAUGCUAGCAAUGUGGGCUCUCCUCUCUCAAGUCCAUUAAGUAGCAUGAAAUCCUCAAUUUCCAGCCCUCCAAGUCACUGCAGUGUAAAAUCUCCAGUCUCCAGUCCCAAUAAUGUCACUCUGAGAUCCUCUGUGUCUAGCCCUGCAAAUAUUAACAACUCAAGGUGCUCUGUUUCCAGCCCUUCCAACACUAAUAACAGAUCCACGCUUUCCAGUCCGGCAGCCAGUACUGUGGGAUCUAUCUGUAGCCCUGUAAACAAUGCCUUCAGCUACACUGCUUCUGGCACCUCUGCUGGAUCCAGUAUAUCGCGGGAUGUGGUUCCCAGUCCAGACACACAGGAGAAAGGUGCUCAAGAGGUCCCUUUUCCUAAGACUGAGGAAGUAGAGAGUGCCAUCUCAAAUGGUGUGACUGGCCAGCUUAAUAUUGUCCAGUACAUAAAACCAGAACCAGAUGGAGCUUUUAGCAGCUCAUGUCUAGGAGGAAAUAGCAAAAUAAAUUCAGAUUCUUCAUUCUCAGUACCAAUAAAGCAAGAAUCAACCAAGCAUUCAUGUUCAGGCACCUCUUUUAAAGGGAAUCCAACAGUAAACCCAUUUCCAUUUAUGGAUGGCUCGUAUUUUUCCUUUAUGGAUGAUAAAGACUAUUAUUCCCUAUCAGGAAUUUUAGGACCACCUGUGCCCGGCUUUGAUGGUAACUGUGAAGGCAGCGGAUUCCCAAUGGGUAUUAAACAAGAACCAGAUGACGGGAGCUAUUACCCAGAGGCCAGCAUCCCUUCCUCUGCUAUUGUUGGGGUGAAUUCAGGUGGACAGUCCUUCCACUACAGGAUUGGUGCUCAAGGUACAAUAUCUUUAUCACGAUCAGCUAGAGACCAAUCUUUCCAACACCUGAGUUCCUUUCCUCCUGUCAAUACUUUAGUGGAGUCAUGGAAAUCACACGGCGACCUGUCGUCUAGAAGAAGUGAUGGGUAUCCGGUCUUAGAAUACAUUCCAGAAAAUGUAUCAAGCUCUACUUUACGAAGUGUUUCUACUGGAUCUUCAAGACCUUCAAAAAUAUGUUUGGUGUGUGGGGAUGAGGCUUCAGGAUGCCAUUAUGGGGUAGUCACCUGUGGCAGCUGCAAAGUUUUCUUCAAAAGAGCAGUGGAAGGGCAACACAACUAUUUAUGUGCUGGAAGAAAUGAUUGCAUCAUUGAUAAGAUUCGACGAAAGAAUUGUCCUGCUUGCAGACUUCAGAAAUGUCUUCAAGCUGGAAUGAAUUUAGGAGGUUUUAAAAACUUGCCUCUUGAGGACCAAAUUACCCUAAUCCAGUAUUCUUGGAUGUGUCUAUCAUCAUUUGCCUUGAGCUGGAGAUCUUACAAACAUACGAACAGCCAAUUUCUCUAUUUUGCACCAGACCUAGUCUUUAAUGAAGAGAAGAUGCAUCAGUCUGCCAUGUAUGAACUAUGCCAGGGGAUGCACCAAAUCAGCCUUCAGUUCGUUCGACUGCAGCUCACCUUUGAAGAAUACACCAUCAUGAAAGUUUUGCUGCUACUAAGCACAAUUCCAAAGGAUGGCCUCAAAAGCCAGGCUGCAUUUGAAGAAAUGAGGACAAAUUACAUCAAAGAACUGAGGAAGAUGGUAACUAAGUGUCCCAACAAUUCUGGGCAGAGCUGGCAGAGGUUCUACCAACUGACCAAGCUGCUGGACUCCAUGCAUGACCUGGUGAGCGACCUGCUGGAAUUCUGCUUCUACACCUUCCGAGAGUCCCAUGCGCUGAAGGUAGAGUUCCCCGCAAUGCUGGUGGAAAUCAUCAGCGACCAGCUGCCCAAGGUGGAGUCGGGGAACGCCAAGCCGCUCUACUUCCACCGGAAGUGACUGCCCGCUGCCCAGAAGAACUUUGCCUUAAGUUUCCCCGUGUUGUUCCACACCCAGAAGGACCCAAGAAAACCUGUUUUUAACAUGUGAUGGUUGAUUCACAGUUGUUCAACAGUUUCUCAAGUUUAAAGUCAUGUCAGAGGUUUGGAGCCGGGAAAGCUGUUUUUCCGUGGAUUUGGCGAGACCAGAGCAGUCUGAAGGAUUCCCCACCUCCAAUCCCCCAGCGCUUAGAAACAUGUUCCUGUUCCUCGGGAUGAAAAGCCAUAUCUAGUCAAUAACUCUGAUUUUGAUAUUUUCACAGAUGGAAGUUUUAACUAUGCCAUGUAGUUUCUGGUAUCGUUCGCUUGUUUUAAAAGGGUUCAAGGACUAACGAACUUUUUAAAGCUUACCCUUGGUUUGCACAUAAAACGUAUAGUCAAUCUGGGGCAUUAAUAUUCUUUUGUUAUUUAAAAAACACAAAAAAAUAAAAAAUAAAUAUAUACAGAUUCCUGUUGUGUAAUAACAGAACUCGUGGCGUAGGGCAGCAGCUGCCUCUGAGCCCUCGCUCGUCCACGGUCUUCUGCAUCACUGGUAUACGCACUCGUUAGCGUCCAUUUCUUAUUUAAUUAGAAUGGAUAAGAUGUUAAAACAAAUGCCUUGGUUUGAUUUCUAGUAUCUAUUGUGUUGGCUUUACAAAUAAUUUUUUGCAGUCUUUUGCUGUGCUGUACAUUACUGUAUGUAUAAAUUAUGAAGGACCUGAAAUAAGGUAUAAGGAUCUUUUGUAAAUGAGACACAUACAAAAAAAAUCUUUAAUGGUUAAUAGGAUGAAUGGGAAAGUAUUUUUGAAAGAAUUCUAUUUUGCUGGAGACUAUUUAAGUACUAUCUUUGUCUAAACAAGGUAAUUUUUUUUUGUAAAGUGCAAUGUCCUGCAUGCAUAAUGAACCGUUUACAGUGUAUUUAAGAAAGGGAAAGCUGUGCCUUUUUUAGCUUCAUAUCUAAUUUACCAUUUUACAGUCUCUGUUGUAAAUAACCACACUUAAACCUCUUCGGUUGUCUUGAAGCCUUUCUACUUUUUCUGUACUUCUUUUUGUUUUGUUCUUGGUCUCCCGCUUGGGGCAUUUGUGGGACUCCAGCACGUUUUCUGGCUUCUGCUUCAUCCUGCUCCAUCGGGGAAUGACACACUGCGGUGUCUGCAGCUCCUGGAAGGUGUCAUUUGACAACACACAUGGGAGAGGAGGUCCUAGGAGUGCUGCAGCUUUAGGAAAGCUGCCUCGUUUCCCUUUUCCUCUAGAAGCAGAACCAGCUCUAGGAGAGUGAGACUAGGAACUUGAUGGCUCAGAGAGCAUCUUUUCCUCCCAUUUUAGAAAAUCAGAUUUUCUCUCUCUUGUGGGGAAAAAAAAAAAAUUCCAUGCACUCUCUCUGUUAAAGAUCAGCUAUUCCCUUCUGAUCUUGGAAAGGGGUUCUGCACUCCUGGAACCGGUCACAGGAACACACAGAUCAUGGCAGGAUGCACUGGGACGGCCCAUCUUGGCCAAGGUUCAGUCUGAAUGGCAUGGAGACCGGGAGAUGAUAGAUUUUAGAUUUUUAAAAGGUAGGUUUUAAAAAUAAAUUUUAUACAUAAACAGUUUUGGAGAGAAACUACAGAUCAUAUAAGCAAGACAGUGGCACUAAAAUUUUUAAUUCAUUAAUCUGUUUGGCACUGAUGCAAUGUAUGGCUUUUCUCUUGCCCCAAAUCACAAACAUACGUAUCUUUGGGGAAACUAACAAUAUGAUUGCACUAAAUAAACUACUUUGAAUAGAGGCCAAAUUAAUCUUUUAAAAGUGAUGAUAAUCAUCAGGUUUACUCAGUGAAAUCAUAUUACUUUCCAAAAUCUAACAGCUGUAGCUGGAGAAGCCCAUAGCCAGGAGGAAGCAGCAAUUAGAUCAACACUUUUCUCCAGGGUUCACCAUGCAGGCAACAUUACCUUGUCUUUCAAAAGACACCUGCCUUAUGCAAGGGGAAACCUGUGAAAGCUGCACUCAGAGGGAGGAGUUUUUCUUACAUAAUUUGCAAUUUCAGGAAUUUAAUUUAUAGGCAGAUCUUUAAAUACAGUCAACUUACAUGCACAGCAAUAGGAAAGCCACACUUUGAAGGUAAUAAAUACACAGCAUGCAGACUGGGAGUUGCUAGAAAACAAAUGGCUUACUUACAAAAGCAGCUUUUAGUUCAGGCUUAGUUUUUAUAAAAUGGGAAUUCUGACUUAACCAGGUUUGGGAUGGAGAUGGUCUGCAUCAGCUUUUUGUAUUAACAAAGUUACUGGCUCUUUGUGUGUCUCCAGGUAACUUUGCUUGAUUAAACAGCAAAGCCAUAUUCUAAAUUCACUGUUGAAUGCCUGUCCCAGUCCAAAUUGUCUGUCUGCUCUUAUUUUUGUACCAUAUUGCUCUUAAAAAUCUUGGUUUGGUACAGUUCAUAAUUCACCAAAAGUUCAUAUAAUUUAAAAAAAAAAAACACUAAAUUAGUUUAAAAUGAAGCAAUUUAUAUCUUUAUGCAAAAACAUAUGUCUGUCUUUGCAAAGGACUGUAAGCAGAUUACAAUAAAUCCUUUACUUUAAUCACCUGUUGUUUUGGAGCGAAUUCAUUUGACUGUCUGUAGGUACACGUGGAUUUUGUGCCCUCCCAAAUCUUGACUGUAUGCACUCUGCCUACAUCCAAGAUGGAGAACGAGGUUUUCCAUGUUGGAAAGAGUCCUAUGUUAGCCACAUGUUAAUUCUACUCUUUGGGGACUGAUUAGAGACCUUGUUUUUAAUACUUUUGAUAUAUAAUUCAUUAAAAUACUCUGUAACCAUUGGAUAACUAU